AUGCUGCGCAUCUCGGGGCGCAGAUGCAAACACAGCCUCAGCGCUGCGGGUACCAUGUGGAAAAGCAGCGACAGCCCAGGUGCACAGUAUAGAAAAAUAAGCCUCAAAUGGGACGAAACAAAUAUAUCGCUACACGUAUUCGACCUAGUUCCUCGAAAUAAAAGCAAUGCAGAAAUGCUAGAAAUGAAAAGUAUGAAUAUAAUUAAAGACAUGUCCAAGACAAAUUAUGAUUUUGCAAUAUUCGGAAUAGGCUAUGUAGACUAUGAUAAAAUUUUGAAAUCUUUUAACAGAGCUGAAUUGGUUAGGAGAAAAAUGAUUGACUCCAUUCAUUCGAAUAUGACAAAAGUGAAUGGUCAGUACAUUUCGCUCAUCCAACAAUGUCUCCUUUUGAAUGUGCCUCACUUUUGCCUCGGUAGAGAUAGGCUAACCGAAUUGGCGAGUAUCGGCACAGCUAUUUUUAGUAACCCUAAGGAAAUAUUUUCCCUGGUGUACUAUUUCCUCAUCAACAGUGAUAAGGCAGUUUCGGGCACUUCAGAUGUUCCUCCCCGUCAAGAUGGACACAAAAAAGAUGAUAGAGAAUUAAACUUAGAGAAUCAUGCCCCCAAUUUUUACCAAGCACUAAUUGCAGAAAAUGCCCUCUACCUAAUUUACAAUUUGCAUGCAAUUCUGCUGAAGGUAUUUAGGUCCAAAUUUUAUGUACCUCCAAAUGAUAGCCAUCAGUGUAGAAGUAGGAAUAAGUACGAGACUAGCAAUUUAGAGAAAGAAAGUCUUAAAGAAAGACUUCUUUCAUUCGUUAACGAAACCACAUAUGAUCAAAUAAACACAUUCAGAAAUCAAAUGAAAAAAACAGAGUUAUAUGCAGAGUAUGAAUUAGGUCCAGAAAGGAAAGAGGUCAAAAUUUUAGUCGUUUGUGAUACCAUAUGUGUAGAUUAUUUUUGCAAUUAUAUAAAGAAAAAUUUGCACCUUUGGAAAAAUGUUACUCCCUUUUACCAAGAGAUGUUUGUACUAGAAAAGAAAAACGCUUACAAGUUUUCCCUUUCCUUGUUUUUGUUCAUAUUUGCUCCGGCUGCAUGGACAGUGACGCAUUUGUUACGGUACUUCUAUAACCUGUGGGUUGAGUACUUCACCAAGGGCAAGGCCAUCACUGUUGGGGGUGACGCAUUCUUCCAGGAUUCUAAAUUGAUUGAUACUAGCGAUGAUAAUCCAGACUUGGAUAAAAACUACCAUGAACUGCUCACCUCCCUGAACCAUGACAAGGCCGAGUUUGAGACCGUCAGCUUGCUCGGGGGAGUCUUGCAGUGGUUUAAAAAUAAGAGCCGCAAUUAG